UAGGAGAUAGGAGCCGUCCGCCGUCCACCGUCGUCUGCUAUAUUUAUGAUUUAUGAUCACACAAAAAUAUCACAACAUUUCAUCGAGAUCUCGGUAUAUAUAUACACAUGUAUAUACUUAAGUAUACAUAAACAUAUGGCUGUACUUAGUUCUGAUUCUGCUCUGAUAAUGUUAUAAAGAACUUGUACAUAGGUAUACUUGACCCACAGAAAGAGAGAAGUGUUUGCGUGGGUGCCGGGGGCUGCCGAAUGAAUUGAGAUAGAGUAGAAAUAAAAUACUUGUAUUAUAAUCCUCUCCUCUCGCGGGCAAUAAUGGCUGCCGUGACGAGAAGGUACUUUGGAGCUGUUCUCCAGCAGCCGCUUCUCGCCUCCUGCAGCGGUAGAUCGACUUUCAUCCAAACGCCCAAUGCCAGGUGUCUGACCAAAUCGGCCGACCUCCAGGACAUAAGCGAAGGAUGGUUCAGCAAGUUACUCGUGAGGAAGAUCGAGCCGACCAAGGAGUCGCACUCGCGAAUGCUCUCGGACAAGCAGGUCAUCUACGCGCUACACACCCACAACAUUCGCCCUGACUCCUACGACAAAUAUUUGAAUAAUUAUUCUCAAAAUGUUGCGCUUAUUCAUUCCAAAAAACAAGACUUGAAUCUAGAACUUGUUGGGUCAUGGACUGUUGAAGUUGGAGAUUUAGAUCAAGCACUCCACUUGUGGCAGUACAGUGGAGGAUUCCAAAUUGUAGAUAAAGCACAAAAUCUACUUGCCAAAGAUGAGGAUUACCAAAAACUACUCAAGGAACGCGGAAACUAUUUGAGAUCGCGGCAUUUACAAUAUUUGUUAGCAUUUAGUUAUUGGCCACAAAUAGUUUUAAGAGAGGGCGUGAAUAAAUAUGAAAUACGAAGCUAUAGUUUAAAACCCGGUACAAUGAUUGAAUGGGGAAACAAUUGGGCCAGAGCAGUCAAUUUCAGACGCAAUAACGAUGAAGCUUUUGCGGGCUUUUUCUCGCAAAUAGGACGCCUCUACAAUGUUCAUCAUAUUUGGUGUUACAAGGAUCUGCAGCAGCGUAAAGAAACACGUGAGAGUGCUUGGCGAUCACCUGGCUGGGAUGAGUGCGUUGCCUACACGGUACCUCUCAUCCGUGAGAUGCACUGUCGUAUCCUCAACCCUACCUCUUUUUCGCCCACCCAGUGAGGAAAAAAAUGCCAAUUAAUACGAUCAUUACUCGUACAUACGUCCAACAGAGGUGUCGAUAAUAAAAUAAUAUAAUUAUUAAAAUCGAAAAAAUUAUCGUUUGGAAAAAGAGCUUUCCACUUUUGUUAGCAAAGUAUGUGCAAUAGUAAUUUACUAAUGAUAAAAGGAAGAUGUACAGAAAUGAAGUAAGAAUGGUUCGCAGCAGCGCGAUAUGUAUAAAUAGCAUGUUUUUUCGACUAUAUAUGGAACUUAUAAAACUAGAAAUGUAAGGAUAUAAAAGAAACGUUAAUCAUGUAACACUAUGGGCUCGAAAUAUUUUGUUGUUAUUUUUGUUGAAUAAUCGAUGAAUCAUGUUACGAGAUGGAAAGAAGAUAAGGUGCAGUGGGAAAAGUAAAGAUACGUAGCUUUAAUUUUAGUAAAAACGACAAUGUUAAAGAGGAAUUUGUACAGCGCAAAAGCACAUGUAAAAUCUACGGGAAUGAAAUACAAAAUACAGUAACUUGA